CGCGGUGGGCGGGGCCUGGGAGAUCCCGGGCCGCAAAGUGGACGUACUGCUUCUAUCUGGGAGUCGUAGAAAUGGUGGCCCCCGUGGUUUACUUGGUGGUGGCGGCUCUGCUAGUAGGCGUUAUCUUUUUCCUGACUCGAAGGCGGAGUCAGGGGACAGCAGCUGGCCAAGAGUCACUGCACAAUGAAGCAGAUUCAGUAGCAGCAGACCAAGUGGCCCACCCUCAGCCUCUGGAGCCAGAGGAGCAGAGAGCUGGUGGUAGGGCCCGGCGCAGGAGGGAUCUGGGCAGCCGCCUGCAAGCCCAGCGUCGAGCCCAACAAAUAGCCUGGGCAGAAGAGGAUGAGAACGAGGAGGAAGCUGCCAUCAUCCCAGCCCAGGAGGAAGAAGGCAUUGAGAAGCCAGCAGAGACUCAUACGUCGGGGAAAAUAGGAGCCAAGAAACUACGAAAGCUGGAAGAAAAACAAGCACGAAAAGCUCAGCGAGAGGCAGAAGAGGCUGAGCGCGAGGAGCGGAAACGCCUCGAGUCCCAGCGUGAGGCGGAGUGGAAAAAGGAGGAGGAGCGACUUCGGCUAGAAGAGCAACAGAAGGAGGAGGAAGAGCAGAAGGCCCGGGAGGAGCAGGCUCAGCGAGAGCAUGAGGAGUACCUGAAGCUGAAGAAGGCCUUUGUGGUGGAGGAGGAGGGUGUGGGCGAGGCUAUGACUGAGGAGGAGUCCCACAGUUUCCUGACAGAGUUCAUCAACCACAUUAAGCAGUCCAAGGUUGUGCUCUUAGAAGACCUGGCUUCCCGGGUGGGCCUGCGAACUCAGGACACCAUAAACCGCAUCCAAGAUCUGCUGGCUGAUGGGACUCUGACAGGAGUGAUUGAUGACCGGGGCAAGUUCAUCUAUAUAACCCCAGAGGAACUGACUGCCAUGGCUAACUUCAUUCGACAGCGGGGCCGAGUGUCCAUCUCCGAGCUUUCCCAGGCCAGCAACUCCCUCAUUGCCUGGGGACAGGAGCCCUCUGCCCAGGCCCCAGCAUGAUAUAGUCCUUCCCUCUUGGACUUGGCACUGGAGUAGCCUCCCUGACCAUAUGUCUUAUCCCUCCCCACCACCCUGAGGCAAUGAUGGCGUGUGACAGGCAGUUAGAGAUUAAAGGCCUUUGAACACUG